GUUUUGCGCCGCAACCCGCGUCACCACGAGCGUCCAUUGCGUCUCUGCAGCGCAUUCCUGCGUUGUCGUGCUGAUUGUCAACCGCUGAGGCUCACGACUGCUUCCAUUCCGCCGAAUCCGUCGUGAACAGUCGUCAAGAUGUGUGGCGUCACUGGCUUGAUGCUCGGCGACCCGGAGGCCACUACGGCCGCCAUCGAGCUGCACGAGAGUCUCUACUACCUCCAACACCGAGGCCAGGAUGCUGCCGGUAUCUCGGUCUGUAACGGAGGCCGCGUCUACCAGCGGAAAGGCCUGGGCAUGGCGCAAAAGGUCUUUUCCGAGUUUGACGGGUUCGCUCUCCUCGAGCAGCUGCCUGGUGCUUUCGGCAUUGCCCACGUCCGCUAUCCUACCGCCGGCACAUCGUCUGCGUAUGUGAUUGCCCUAGUCACUCGAUUCGAUCGAUGCCUCGAGCAAAUGCUGAUGCAGAACCAUAGAUCUGAAGCGCAGCCGCUCUACGUCAACUCUCCCUUUGGCCUGUCCAUCAGCGUCAACGGCAACCUCAUCAACCCCGACUACCUCCGCGAGUUUCUCGACAGCGAGGCCCGCCGACACAUCAACUCGGACUCUGAUUCUGAGCUCCUGCUCAACGUUUUUGCAUAUGCGCUUAAUGAGCUCGGCAAAGCUCGAGUGAACGUCGACGACAUCUUCGCCUCUCUGCGUGACGUCUAUGCCAAGUGCCAGGGAGCUUAUGCUUGCACUGCCAUGGUCACUGGUUUUGGCAUUCUGGGUUUCAGAGAUGCAAACGGCAUUCGACCUCUUUGCUUCGGCUCUCGACCCUCCCAAACCCUGCCUGGAGCCAAGGACUACUUCCUCGCCUCUGAAUCCGUUGCUCUCAGACAGCUUGGUUUCACCGACAUCAUCGACAUCAAGCCCGGCCAAGCCGUCUUCUGCCAGAAGAACGGCACUGUCCACUUCCGCCAGAUCGUGGAGCCGAAAUCGUAUACCCCUGACGUCUUCGAGUACGUCUACCUGGCUCGGCCCGACAGCUGCAUCGAUGGCAUUUCUGUGCACCGCAGCCGACAGAACAUGGGUGUUAAGCUGGCCAAGAAGAUGAGGGAGGUUCUGACUGAAAAGGAGAUUGCGGAGAUUGAUGUUGUCAUCCCGGUUCCAGAGACUAGUAACACGGCCGCGGCUACUCUGGCAAGCUGUCUCGACCGUCCCUACUCGAACGCUUUCGUGAAGAAUCGCUAUGGUCAAGAGGCGCGAAAGAAGGGCAUCCGUCGAAAGCUCUCACCCAUUGAAUCCGAAUUCGACGGCAAGGCCAUUUGCAUCGUUGACGACUCCAUCGUAAGAGGAAACACGUCGCGCGAGAUUGUCCAAAUGGCCAGAGAAGCCGGAGCAACCCGUGUCUACGUCGUCUCAUGCUCUCCCGAGAUCAUGAACCAGCACAUCUACGGAAUUGAUCUCGCCGACCCUGACGAACUCGUUGCCUACAACAGAACCACCGAACAAGUGGCCGAGAACAUCCAGGCGGACAAGGUGAUCUUCCAGAGCCUUGACGACCUCAAGGCGGCCUGUGUCGAAGCCGCUGGAGAAGGAAGCGAGGUCAAGGAGUUCGAGGUCGGAGUCUUCUCCGGCAAGUACAUCACCGACGUGCCCGAAGGCUACUUUGAGCACAUCAGCCAGCUCCGAGGCAAGAACAAGAAGCGCAAGACGCCCAACUGCUCAGAGUCCAUGCUCAUUGCCAACGGCGGCGUGGUUAACAUGGCUCCUGGCCAAAAUGGGGCACAGGGCAACGGCACCAGAAAUGGCGUUGUAAGCCCGUCAUACCGGGAGGAUAUUAACAUCUACAACAUUGCCAGCUAA